AUGCCAUACCCAAAUCGCGUUUUCGGUCAAGCUAUGAAGAAGCCGAGUCGAUAUCAGCGGCAGUUUGGAGGGAAUAAGAAUAGCACUGUCACUCAGAGUGAUCAAGCUCGGAAAGCUGAGGAAGCUGCAGCACGACGACGAUUGCGGCACGAGCAAGGGGAAGCAAUCGAUAUCAAAUUUGGAUACAGAAGGUUGGAAGAUCAAUUGUCUACCGCGUCGAGGGGGGCAUCGGUAAUUCAACGGCGUGGGUGGCUUUUCCACAUGUUGGCAACAACAAGGAUUGAUCCUAGUUCAGGGAUUGAACAGGCUGGGUUGGAUUUAUACUUUGUUGACGGGAAUGGGGGAAAUUUCAAAACAACAGUUCUACAUCGUCCUUACAUCUACCUUUUGACGCAUGAAAAAGACGAAGGCCUUGGGCAACUAUUGUUGAAGAAAUACUCAGGGCUCCUAGCGGAUGCACGAUUAGUACCGAUGGUAGAUUUGGAUCAGCCAAACCAUUUGUCGCCAACUAAUUCCACACGAAUGGUCUGGAAGCUCAUCUUUGACAAUGUAUCCCAGCUGAUGGAGGUGCGUUCGAGCCUUGCUGAUCUCGUCAAGGCGUCUGGGCAGCUGGUAUCCUCUGCUUUCGAUACUUCCGAUUUCGACAUGGAUCAAGAAACCUCAUCAAGGGAUAGAAGAUUGGAUCCUUGGAAGAAUAUGCAAGAGCUAAGGGAAUACGAUGUUCCAUACGUUGUUCGGGUAUGCAUGGAUUUGAAGAUUCGAGCUGGGUCUUGGUACACUGUGACGGUUGAGGGGGAAGAUGGCGGAUCGCCAGUAUCGACUCUGACAGAUCCUGACAUCGAGACAAAGGCAAACCCACGUGUGCUUGCUUUUGAUAUUGAGUGUACGAAAGCUCCUCUUAAGUUUCCAAAUGCAGACGUGGAUGAAAUAUACAUGAUUUCCUACAUGAUCUCGAACGGGAAUAAUCAACCCGAAGGAUUCCUUAUCUGCUCAAGAUCAUUUGUAUCACAGGAUAUCUCUGCGUUUGAAUACACCCCGAAGCCAAGCUACCCUGGCCCCUUUUCCAUCUUCAAUGAGAAGGAUGAAAAGGAGCUUAUCCUCCGAUUCGUGAGGGAGUAUCAACGACUUCGCCCUCAAAUCGUGGUGACUUACAAUGGGGACUCCUUUGACUGGCCUUUUCUUCUUCAAAGAGCCAAAAGUCAUGGAAUUGACCUCUGGUCUGAGUUGGGCAUUUGCAAGUCUGGUGACGAUGAAUUUCGAGGCCGUUGUUGCGUGCAUCUUGAUGCCUUUUGCUGGGUACAAAGGGACUCCUACCUGCCACAAGGCGCGCAAGGUCUGAAAGCAGUCACAAAAUACAAACUCGGAUAUGAUCCGGUUGAGGUGGAUCCUGAGGAUAUGCUUCCGUUGGCACAAGAACGGCCCGUGCAUAUGGCAACGUACUCGGUUUCCGAUGCUGUUGCAACAUACUACCUGUACGAGAAAUACGUGCACCUCUUCAUUUUCAGUUUAUGCACGCUUAUUCCAAUGGGGCCUGAAGAUGUGCUUCGAAAGGGGUCUGGUACUCUAUGUGAGGCCUUGUUGAUGGUACAAGCGAAUGACCUGAGUAUUGUUUGCCCAAACAAACAAAUUGAUCCAUUGGCAAAGUUUCACAACGGUCACCUGCUCGAAAGUGAAACAUACAUCGGUGGUAAAGUCGAAUGUUUGGAAACUGGUGUCUAUAGAAGUGACGUUGAAUAUGAAUUCGAUCUGAAGCCCACUGCAUUUCAACAAUUGAUAGACAACGUUGACCGAGAUUUGUGCUUCUCAAUCGAGGUGGAAGGGGGAAUGGACAGAGCUGACAUUGUGAACUACGACGAAGUGCGAUCUCUCAUCGUAGAGCAACUUGAACUUCUGCGCGAUCGACCGAAGCGUGUUGAAAAACCCUACAUCUACCAUUUGGAUGUCGGGGCAAUGUACCCAAACAUCAUUCUCACAAACCGUUUGCAGCCAAGUGCCAUCGUCGACGAUUCGAUUUGUGCUGCAUGCGAUUUCAACCAUGCAAGGAAUGGAUGCAAACGUAAAAUGGAGUGGAUUUGGAGGGGAGACUACAGCCCAGCUGGGAAACUUGAGUACGAUCGCACCAAAGACCAACUGUCAAGGGAAAUGAUGAGUGAUGGGCGUCGCUUUAACGAAUUGGCAGAAUGGGAGAAAGCCGACAUGGUGACUGCGCGUUUGAAGGAGUAUUCGAAAAAUGCUUUUCGACGGACAAAGGUGACCGAAGAAAUCACGAAAAAGGAUAUCGUUUGCAUGCGAGAAAAUGAUUUCUAUGUUGACACCGUCCGUCGAUUCAGGGAUCGCCGUUAUGAUUAUAAAAAGAUGACCAAAACUUGGAAGAAGAAGAUCUCUACCGCGACAGAUCCACGCUCCAAGAAAGAGGCAGAGGAUAAAGUUCUUGUGUACGACAGUCUCCAAGUUGCGCACAAGUGCAUUCUGAACUCCUUUUACGGCUACGUGAUGAGAAAAGGUGCAAGGUGGAGAUCCAUGGAAAUGGCAGGCAUUGUCACGAAGACUGGAGCCGAUCUUAUCACACAGGCGCGUGUUCUUGUGGAACAGAUUGGUCGGCCUUUGGAGUUGGAUACAGAUGGAAUCUGGUGCAUUCUUCCGAAAAGCUUUCCCGACGUUUAUACUUUCAAGGCACGGGAUGGAUCAAAGGUCAAACUGGAGUAUCCUUGUAUCAUGCUAAACGCUGACGUUCACGACAACUUUACCAACCACCAGUAUCAAACCCUGACGAACGCAAAGCAAGGAGGCUACGAGAGUCGUAGCGAGUGUUCUAUCUUCUUCGAAGUUGAUGGGCCAUAUCGAUGCAUGGUACUUCCUGCAAGCACAGAGGAAGGAAAACUUCUCAAGAAGAGAUAUGCAGUAUUCAAUUUCGACGGGUCCCUUGCCGAAUUGAAAGGCUUUGAAUUGAAGCGUCGGGGAGAGCUGGAAUUGAUUAAGACAUUUCAGUCCCAAGUUUUCGAACGUUUCCUCGAUGGGAAUUCCCUUGUCCAAUGCUACGACAGUGUCGCGGAAAUCGCAAAUCAUUGGAUCGACGUGAUUGAUACAAGGGGCGAAUCCUUGGAUGACAGUGAACUCAUUGAUUUGAUCAGUGAGAAUAGGAACAUGAGUAGACAACUUGAGGAGUAUGGUGAUCAGAAGGGCACAUCCCAAACAACAGCCAGACGACUCGGUCAGUUUCUUGGUGCCGAAAUCAUCAAGGACAAAGGGCUGAACUGCAAGUUUAUCAUUGCGGAGCAGCCAUACGGGGCACCGGUAACGGAACGCGCAAUUCCUACAGCAAUCUGGAAGUCAGAGCCAGGAGUUAUGAGACAUUUUCUGCGAAAAUGGCUCAAGGCGCCAGGGCUUGAAGGCGAAGGUCUUGACAUUCGAAACAUUCUGGAUUGGGACUAUUAUAUGGAACGCCUAGGAAAGACAAUUCAAAAGAUUAUCACGAUCCCUGCUGCUCUUCAGAAAGUUCCGAAUCCUGUACCUCGGGUUUCCCAUCCUGAUUGGUUGAACUCGAAGGUCCAACAGCUGAAUGACAGGUUUCAGCAGCGAAGUAUCCAAAGCAUGCUUUCAACGAAGCCAUCAAAGCAUAUGAGUUCGCAAGUUCGGCCUGUUCCAAUGGAUAUCGAAGACAUUGCGGGUGAAGCUUUCGUGCCUGCGGGCCCGAUUGUACGUCGAAGCAGGACAAAAGCAAUCCGAGCGAUAGAAUUGGAGAGUGUUGCAAAUGAAGAUGCGCCACGAGUAAAACUCACAGGCUCGAACUUCGACAAUUGGCUAAAUCAAAAGAAGUCUCUUUGGAGAAAGGGUCGUCAAGAGAAACGAAAUGUCCUGCAAUCAGACCGAUUGGAAGGUAUCCGCGAUCUGUCAACACGGAAGAAGGCAGCAAACAGUAUGGAAGGGUUUGUGAAAGAAGCAGCGAUGGAUGUGUCACAGCGCGAAUGGCAAAUCAUCGAGCUACGUGAGAUGACUUCGUACGACACAGCGUCUUCUGCCGUAUCAACUGGAGAAUUUAUUGCUUGGGUUAUGUUAGGCAGCGAGUCUCUUCGAAAGAUGCACAUUACUGUUCCAAGAACUGUAUAUGUAUCGACGAAGCAAGAGAUUGUGAGCCACUCCCAAGAUAUAAUCUCUCUCAGGAAAGUCAACAAACAUCUACCACACCGGAAGAAGGCGGCAUUUCUCUACGAAGUGAGUAUGUAUGAGUAUGUCUACAAGCAAAAGAAUUGGACUUCAUACUUGAAAGCCGCUAAGUCAAACGAGGGAGAUGCGACUGUGCUCGAUGAGGUUUUUGAAACCGGUACCCCCCUACUCACACGGGCUCUGACUGAGCUUGGAUCCGUUUCAAGAGUUUCAAACUUUGGCAAACGACGGAAGGGCAAGAAAUCACAUCUUCUAUCCGAUCUCCAGAGAGUGGACCGUCCCACUGAGGGCUUAUACUUGAACGUCAAUUUGUCGUACAAGAGGACAUUCAUGUAUACCAGAAUCAACUCAAAAACAAGAACUGGUUUGGUUGCUUUGUUCACAAUUGAGGGAGGGAGUGGUUCUUUCCGAGGCAAGCAUGGAAAUGACGAUAUCACUGCGCCUUCAUUGUCGCCUCGUGGUGCCUUCCAUAUACACUCGAAGUGCAAAGUAUGGAUAGUGAGCCCUGGUGCUAGUAGAGGAAUCAAGAACAUUUCUGUGAGCAGCUGUGAUGCCAUCUUUUCGCAACUUUUGGAUACGAUAAAUCAGUCGAUGGAUCUCGAAUCUGAAUACGCUUGUAUAUCGUCUAGCUCGCAUUGCGAAAUAUCCGGGUUGAAUUUUGUGGCUCGGGAAGAAAUGGCGCUUUCUCAGGUGAAUGACGAGCUAUCAUCACAUCUCAAGUCGAACAAUGGACCAACUUUUCUUCUAGUCAACAGCCACAAAGCCACGAGCCAACUGAGGAGAAGCAUUCCUGCAAUGAAUUCAUUUCCUGUCAUCCAACUGCCCUUUCCUCCAGGACCAGAGCACAAUCCAUCUAGCUCGACACUCCCAGCACUUAAUUGGGAAAGGCCAUCGACCCAGUUGUGCAUGGAGGCUUUCCUUUACAUGGGCAUCGUGUCUUUUCCCAAACGGGUGUCCUACGCCAGAUAUGGAAAUCUACCCAUAGGAAAUCUGGGGAUGGAAGAGAGCUUUGCCCUCUUUGAUAUUGGACUAUCAAGACUUUUGAAAAAGAAUCGUGCUGUGUCGUGGGCAACGCAAUCAGUUCGCCAACCUGACACUGGGGGUCCAUUCUUCGCUCACGGAAAUGGGUCGACGAAGCCACCGAUUCAACUGACUGGAACUCACAUUUUGAAUCAUGACGACAUAUGGGGUGAUAAUGAAGGUCUUAUUAGUCCUGUUGUUCGGCGCCAGGGCUGUUAUCGAACGGUUUGUGUUGAUAUAGAGUUGCAAGAUCUUGUAAUUUCUGCGUUGACUGAAACAGAACAUAUCUCGCAGUCCUCGAACCCACCCUCUCCGACAAACGUUCUUCAAUUCGAAGCCGAUCAAAACGCCAUCAAGUCUAUCGAGCCGAUGGGAGAUGAAACGGCAACGUCGAUAUCAUUACCUCUUCUUCGUUCCCUUGUCUCCACGUGGUUGAAGGAUGCGUUUGCAAACAACAAUGAGGUCGCCGAUGCUCUGCUGCACAACUUGUACCGUGUUGUUUCUGCCCCUGAAACCCUUAUGCACGACCCAGCGUUACAUCGGGUGGUUCAUAUAUUGAUGAAAUCCACUUUCGCUCGCUUAUUGGGAGAGUUGCAGCGACUUGGUUGCUCCAUCGUCUUUGCAUCAUUCCACAAGAUCACUGUCGCUACGAAGAAAACAAGGCUAGAUGACGCGGCGGAGUACAUAGAUUUUGUUAUCAAUACGAUGCGUGGACAUGAUCAUGGCCAAAAUUUGUCAUCGCUCUCACGACUAUCACUGCGACCACGUCGCUUUCACACCCAUCUCUUGUUUCUUGAUGAGUACAACUUUGGAACAAUGCAUCUGGAUUUAGUGGAAAAGCAUGAAACUGAAGGACAGUUUUUUAUCGAAGAAAACUCUGACAGCAGUGCUGUAGUUCUUCCUUCCGUUGUGACUGCAUGGAGCAUAAUAAACCACCUCGGAAGCGAAACCGCCGAGGAAUAUUUCAGAAUUUUAGUGGGACGAUUUUCGAGGGAUACUCUUCAAAGGCAGGUGGAAUUGAGCAGAAGCGGCAAUGAAAACGCGAUGCUUCGUGCGGAGCAAAACCAGGACUUGUUGGCCUACAGACAGAAGAUGAUCUCAAAAUACUUCGCCGCAUAUUUGACUCGCGCAGUUGCGGAAAUCAUCAAGGAUGAAGAAUCUUAUGAUGCGCUGAAGAAAUCUGUUGGUCGUUGCCACCCAGUCUUGCAAUUCAUAAAAUCUGUUAUGGUUGUCUUGGGGCUCGACCGUGAUGUGGAGACGGAAGUUCAUAUCUUGAAACGAAGUUUGUUGGCGCAAAUUGGUGUUGCUGAGUAUUCGAAAAUUGCCCAGUGGGAUAAUCCUUGUCGGACGUUUAUUCUGCCAGACGUUUUUUGCCCCGAAUGUCAAGAAUGCAAAGACAUAAAUCUCUGCCAUCUGCCACCAACCUCCGACGAGAAUGAGAAACAGGUUCAUUGGUUUUGUGAAGACUGCGGAGUAGAAUACGAUGCAGAUCGCAUCCAGAGCCGCUUGAUUCAUCACUUACAUCGCCGCAUGAUGCGUUAUCAGCUUCAAGAUAUUCGGUGUUCCAAGACAAAUGCUGUGGCGACACAUGGUCUCGCAAGGGUGUCGAAGUCUUCUGCACCUUUUAAGCUGGAUAUUUCACAAGAGGUCAUGCGAACAGAAAUCCGAACCUUGCAGUGGAUUGCUGAGCACCAUUUGCUCGAAGAGCUGCAAGAAACAACAAGUCAUAUGCUGAGUUUGUUUCCGUAG